ACCAUGCUGUUGCUCGAAGAAUUCGCUUCUUUGUUGAACGAAACAGCGCAGAGAGAAUGCAGUACUACUCCGCCUUCAGCCUUCUGACAGAGCAGCCUCAUUCUCCCUUUCGCAGGCCCACUUCCCUCCCGUCACAAACACCGAGUAACUGACCAGAGCGUCGGCAGACUGUGGCUACUUCUCCGUCGUUGCGCUUAACUACCACAUCAUGCUUCGCCUCAACUAAAUGCACACUUCUCCACACUUCGAUAUUUGCAUUGUGAUUACGGGCUCAAAAUCCAGUAAGUAACUGAAUUUGAACAGUUUAUUUGAUCGUUAUUCUUGCCGGCCACUGGUCGCUCUCAUUUCACGAACACAGACGUCUCUAAUGGCUACUUGUACUGUUGUUUGAUCAAGCUAAUUCGAUGGUAGUUAUCAGCGUAGUAAAUUAACUGGAUUACGCGCUGUGUUCGAGCCGCAGCAAGCCAAUAUGUCCGGCAACAUUGAGGAGAUUAUGGCGUCCGCUGCGGACGGCGUUCCCGAUGCAACAUACACCUGUUUACAAGGUGUUCCUCUGCAACCCAAUGUUGUUCCCUGUGCUCCGGCAUUCAAUCCCGCGGCGAGGGAUUGUGAAGCUUUAGAUAAUGAGCGAGAAGAAACUUCGUGUUGGAAUCUGGAAGAACCCUUCGAUCUCGAAAAUUGUGAAUAUCUCAGUCCCAGAAAGGCGUUGGAGUAUAUCGACAAAGGCAGGGCAACGGGCAACCGCCUGGCGUUGCGGACGCGUGCUGUGAUUGACCGGUGCUUCUUCGUCGUUGGACAAUUCGCACACCGCCAUGCCGGAUGUGUCUUGGUGAUAGGAUUGAUAAUACUGUGCUUAGGAUGUUUGGGACUGCCCAAUAUACAAUUGGAAACCCGUCUGGAUAGACUCUGGAUGGAAGAGGGCGGGCGUUUAGAAGCGGAACAGCAGUAUACCGAUGAUGUGCUCCACUUUUCAACCGGUGCAAAUUCGCAAGUCCUCCUUCAGACACCCAGUGUCGAUUAUCCGUCAGUUCUUACUCCUGAAGCGUUACUUUUCCACUUGGAGUUGGCACGAAUUGCCCUCAGUGUCGAGGUCACAAUGUACUGGACCACCUUCAAAUGGAGCAACAUUUGCCAAACGCUCGACUUUCCCAAUUUCGACGAACGAAGUCCGGUCCUAAGCAGCGCACUGGAAGAACUGACCCCGUGCAGCAUCGUGACCCCGCUGGACUGCUUUUGGGAGGGCUCAAAGCUUCUCGGACCGAAAAAACCCGUUCAGAUUCCGGUCUAUGGGCGCGAUGCCACUUGGGCAACUCUCGAUCUGGAGCGCCUUGUACACACGCUGGAAAACAACACGGAUCCGCUAAUUAAUUCCAAGCCCUUGGUGGACUUUCUGGAUAAGGCGGAAGUGGAAAAAGGUUACGUCGGAAAGCCGUGUCUAAAUCCACGCGAUGCACAAUGCCCGGAUGCUGCGCCCAAUAAGCGCUCGGGAAUAGCGCCCAAUGUGGCGGAUGCGAUGCAGAACGGAUGUUAUGGCAUCAGUAGCAAAUAUAGACACUGGAUGCCCGACCAGCUCUUGGCCAAUGUAACGCGCAAUGCAUCUGGCCACAUCCAAAGUGCAUCGGCAAUUCAGACGAUAUUCCACAUUGGAGAUGCAGAACGCCUCUUCCUCAAGUAUGAACACAUGAGUCCUCCGAUCCGUGAUUAUGACGGCAGCGAAUGGAAAAGGGAAAUGGCCGUAAAGGUCAUCGCCACCUGGCAGGCCAAGUACCACGCCGCAGUGGAAGAAAAACUGAAGAAAAACAAUACCCGUGCAAAGUCAUCCAUUGGAUUAUUGGCCGAAGGAGCGCUUGCAGCGACACUGGUGGAUUGCUCCAAAGUCAACUUAUUUCUGGUCAUAGCCGGACAUUUGCUAGCGGUCGUAUAUAUGGGUGUAGUAAGCCGCAACUGUGCUGAUUCGGUGGAUUCCUACAGCGGUGUUGCGGUGGCCGGGACGCUGUUAAUUUCGCUGACGGUGGCGGGUGGCAUGGGAUAUUGUUCAUUUUUCUUAUCGUUCAACAUCCUCAGUACUCAGGUUAUUCCAUUGGUUGCUCUUGUUACGCAUCUUCAGCAUGUUCUGCAGAUGACAAGUUCAAUUACGGAAGUUGUCAGAGAUCAUCGAGUAGAGCGAAAGGAUAUCGGCGCCGAAUGCCUGGCCCGGAAUGGGGCAUCCAUAUUAUUCUCCACUUUGGCUAUGAGCGGGGCCUUCUUCGCCGGCUAUGCGAUUCCGUUACCAGCAUUGAGAUGGUUUUCCAUCCAGAUGGGCAUUGUCGUCCUAUUGGGUGGUGUCUCCUUGCUUUUGUUGCUUCCCGCCGUGAUAUAUUUGGAUCAACAGCGACGACCGAGCAAACGAUGUGACCUCUUCUGUUGCUACACUCAGUUUAUUCCGAAGAAAGUGCCGCCAACGUCUGCAUUCUCGUCAUCGUAUUUCCGGGAAGGCAUUGGAGCUGUGAAAGGUCGUCCAAGUCUCCGUCAGAACGAUGGUGGGGCAACGUGCUGUUUAAGCACGUCAACACUGCGGGAUCGCGUUUUAACGACAUAUCUGCGCCUUCUUCCGUGUGGUGUGGUCAAGUUCGUGGCCGUCGGGAUUUUAAUCACGACGGUGGGCUUUGGCGUCUGCGGCAUCCGUCGCAUGGAAGCCGGCUUAGAGAUGGCGAAGCUAGUCCCCACAGAUACGCUGGAACACCGGUAUUUCCGGAGUCAAGCCAGAGAUUUCCACCGUCAUCAAGCGGUGUUGGUUACGAAGGAGGAUUUCGCGUAUGAGCAGCACCAGGAAGAGCUCUACGCCCUGCAUGACGCCGUGUCACGAGUGAAAGGCGUGGUCCGCUCGGUGGGAGACGGGGCGCCGCGGUUCUGGUUGGCCGAUUUCCGAGACUGGCUCCUAGAUAUCGAGGCUUCGUUUGAGCAUGAUUACCGCGAAGGUUGUUUUGGUGACGGACGAUGGUAUGAAAAUGCCAGUGAUAACGCCAUCUUGGGAUUUAAACUCCGUGCUGCAACUUUGAAAGAUCAUCGAUUGGUUGCUCAAGUGCUUCUGGUGGACGAACACGGUCGGAUCAAUCCCGACGGUUUCUACAGCUACAUGAGCGCGUGGGUGUCCAACGAUCCCAUGGGCUACGCUGCUACCCAAGCGCAUCUCCACCCGCAGCCCGUCGUCUGGCUGCACGACCCUGAAGAUCCCAGCUACGACAUCCCGGAGUCAGCGGCGCUACACUAUGCCCAGAUGCCCUUUGUGGUGUCCGGCUUGAACAGCACGGACGACGCAGUCGGCUUCAUCGAGCAGGUGCAAUCCAUCUCGCAGGUCUUUGCAGAGCGCGGUGUCCCCAGUUUCCCCAGCGGCCAGCUCUUCACCUACUGGGAACAGUACGUCGAUCUACGCUUCAAUAUGGUACUGGCGUUGGGCAUCCUGCUGGCCGUGCUGUGCAUGGCGACGUCCGUCCUGCUGAUGAAUUUGUGGGCUGCCGUAGUCGUGACCGCAACCACUGUGGUGUUUCUCCUCGGACUCGCCGGCUGUAUGGCGUGGCUACGGAUUGACCUCAACGCCAUCUCGGCCAGUCUGCUGGUGUACGCGACGGGCGUAGCAUGGCGUAUCUCGUUUCCCAUCUGUGCGGCCUUUCUCAGCGGAUUCGGCGGGAAGGAUCGGCGUGUGCGUUGCGCCAUGGCACGCUGCUGCGGAUCGAUCGUGCACGGCGCUGUGGCAUCGCUAAUCGCCACGGCUCCGUUGUACUUCACCAAAUUUCAGUUUAUUUUUCAGUAUUUCUUCCUGAUCCUGGCUAUUUCCUAUGGGAUGGUCUUACUAAACAGCUUGGUCAAUCAGCCAGUGGUGCUGUCGCUCCUGGGUCCAGGUCCGGACUUGAUUGCCAAUUAUGACCCGGAACAUCCGCCCCCGGGUACACCUGACCCUUUGGUUUUUCUCAAGCGGCACCUAUCCAUUAUCAUGGAAGAGGACGAAACGGCGUCCCAACCGGCAGCAGCGGGCCCCCUAGAAACCCAAGUAGUUGUUAGAACCACUGCCACCUUCUCCGCUGCGGAACCGAGAAAUUCGGUGUGUGAGAAACCGCACACCGCUUCCGUCACCACAACCGUGAGGGUGGAGCUUCAUCGUCCGUCGUUUUCCAGGUCGCUGGAUAAGGUCAAGGAGGAGCGCGUUAACCCGCAGUCUGCCAUGGUGUAGUCGUCCUUCACUACGAAGCCAGACAAAACAGCAGUUUCCAACUGUAAAGAUGUGUGAUUCCGCAGAUGCUCAACCCGUUGUUCUUUCCCGUGCUUACGCUUCCGCUGAUGUUGUUUGAAGUUUUGUUAUUAUGCUAAGAAAACUUAACGCCAUACACGCACAUGUGCCUUUCACUCGGGCAAUUAUCGAAAGUUUAUAGUUUUUUUGAUUUUUUGGCGGUGCAUAUGUGAUAUGUAUAGGUGAAGUCCAGACCAAACUAAUUUAAAACACAUUGAUG